AUGACGCUUGUUGACUUUUACAUGAGCUAUGAAAGUGCAAUGGAUGCCCAAAGAUAUAGCCAAGAAAAGCUGAAUGUAUCAUCACUUCAUACGGUACCCCAAUUAAAAAGUCCAUUGCUAAUUGAAAAGCAUGCUAAUGAAGUCUAUACAAGAACAAUAUUUUUUCUUUUUCAAUAUGAAGUUUAUAAGUCUAGUUUUAAGACUUAUAUUCAAAGUAUUGAAAAAAGUGAAAGUGUUGAAACUAUAAUUGUUUUGGACUCGGUAUCAGACAAGAUUUACAAAGUCACAUUUAUUGCAGGAAGUUCAAUUCAAGAGCUUCAACUAGAUUGUGGGUGUAAGUUUUUCAAACGUGUAGGCCUAUUAUGUUGUCAUGCGAUUUGUGUUAUGAGUGCAAGACAAAUAACACAAAUCCCAAAGAAAGAUAUCUUAGAUCGUUGGACAAAACCAGCAAUGAAGAAGCCUAUUUUUGAUAUGCAUGGCAAUUUGAUUGAAGACCAGAAAAAUUUGGACAACAUGGGGAACUUGUUGGGGGAAGUUUGGUCGGAAAUAUUCCAUUGUGUUGGUUUAGCUGAAGGGAGUGAAAGUGACUUACAAUCACUUCUAAAACCCUCAAGGGUUUUAGUAGAAAAAUGGAGGAACGUGAUGAUGUAA